AUGGCCAACAUAUCUCAGACUUUUAGAGAAGGGCAUCCACAAACAAACCAACACUGUUUGCAGGUACCUGAAACAUUGUCAGCAGAGGAGCGUAUUGAUUUGAGAGCACCACCCAAAUUAAACUGCCUGAGGCAGAUGGGUUUAUCUUUGGCUUCCCAGAAAAGGUUUGGAAUGAUGGAUUCUCAGUUUAAGGCUUUCCUUGAUUCUACUCAAUUUCUAUGGAAAGGGAAAAUGCUUGCAAGCAAGCCUGCUGGAAUCUUCUACGCUACCAGUUCCCAAGGCGGUGGACAAGAGACAGCAGCAGAGUGGUGUCAAUCCCUUAUAUGGUUGGGUUUAGAUCUUAUUGAUGUUUGUGUCUCCCCGGCUCGUGAUUGUGGUUGGUUGGAAAUGCGUCUUAUAUGGUUGGGUUUAGAUCUUAUUGGUGUUUGUGUCUCCCCGGCUCGCGAGCUGAAAGGUGGAAGUCCUUAUGGUGCGGGGACUUGCACUGAUGAUGGCUCUAGAAACCCAAUUGGGCUUGAGUUGGAGCAAGCAUUCCACAAGGGAAACAUAUUGUCAACAUUGCAAGCAGCUCAAGGAAGAUAUUCACCCAAUUUUUAA